AUGUUCAACACGGUCUCAAGAAAGCACCUAUCCUCGGGCGAGUUGUUGUCACGAUGCAGUACCCGACGCCUUUUUGUCAGGGCCGCAGACAACAACUCCAACACGAGGAUCUGUGGCAAAUGUGCAUUUGGAAGAAGCGCCAAGUCUUAUGUACGACUGGCAAAAUUCUUCCCGUCACGGCGACCAUUUGACAGACCAGUCAAGUGUCGAUUUAAUUGUGCAUUCGACGAAUAUGAUAGCGACGAGUUGUUGUUCAGAUCGCAAGUCGAAGAUGAUCGAAUUGGGUGCUUUCGGUUAGCUGAGGUGUACUACUACGUGCAAUUCCAAGACAGUGCAACGUUGAGCUACGUUCCGGGAACCGAGCUACAGUUUGAAGAAGUAGACUUGUCGCAUAACGAUUUUGGACUCGCUGAAACUCCACCGUACUCGCACGACAUCUACGCCCUCCACUCGCCGAGCGACGGCUACCCAGUUGAUCUUAACGAUAUUACCGCAGCAUUGGACUGCGAUAUCACUAUGCUGGAUACGUAUCUCCACAGCACACCCUGCAUCACCACUAGUGUCAACGAUUUUACAGUCCCACAUCAAUUAUCCGAAAGUGGUACCCAUUCUUCCGCUUGCGAGAAUUUGUCACCUUCCAGUACAGAUCCUGUUGAAGAGUUCUUCCCUGAUCUUUGUGAAACAUUAACUGUUUCAACCACUCCGACACCUACACGACAUCGCAAUCAUUCCAGUGGUUCCGUCCACUCAACUGUGCCGCACUAUUCACCAUUCUCUUCCGACUCAGCCACUGACGCCUUCAAUGAGUAUAGAAAAAGGCGCGACAAGAAUAAUCUCGCAUCGCAACGUUCUCGUCAAAAACGAGCAGAGAAAAUGCGAGAGAUGCGAGUUCAGAAGGAAGUGCUGGAACGACGCAAUAUUGAAUUAAAAGCGCUGCUCAGCUCUUUGGAGCACCAGGUAGCAGAUUAUAAAAGAAUGGUUCUUAUGGUAGUAUCUAAAUCGGCUUCUUUUACGUAA